GUAGGUAUUCGUUCUUUUCUUUACUUUAUUUUGAAGAUUUUUGUAUUUUGAAAAUUAGGUACCUAGGUACCUACAUUGGUGAAAUUUAUUAAUACGUUCGGGGUUUUUAAGAAAUAAAGUCAGUUUAGUUUUAUUACAAUUAAGAAUACUGCAAUUAUGAGCCGGCAAGCAACUCUAGAUACGUAUUUCAAAACAAAGCACAAGAAAAGCAAUUGUUCGCAAAGUAUGACUGAUUCAAAGAAAAAACGAGGUAAAACUGCUUCUAAUAAGAAGUUUAACUUAAGUUUGGCUAAAUCCCCAACAUCUACGAAGUCAUCAAAGUUAAUUAAGGAAAGUGGAAAAGAGGUUAUACACUUGACCAGUGAUGAUGAAGAUUUUUGUUCUCCAAUGCCAACGAAUGUUAGAGAACCUGAUUUGGAUUUAUCCGAAAAUGAUGCUAACUCUGAUUCAUCGCAAGAUACUAUACCAUAUUCAUUGAUUCCUGAGAAGAGUGCACCUGCGUUCACAACUCCUGAGCAGAAAGCACCAACCAUUUCAACGCCUAUGAAGACACCAAACCCUUGUUUUACUCCUAAGUCUAGUCCAGGUUCGAAAACUACAUUUUAUUCUCCUAUCAAGAAGAGAAUUGUGAUGAAAAGGACUCCUGUGAAAAGAAAAUUAGAUGCAGACUUUACAGAAACAAAGUUUCCACUAAAUGAAACCAAUGAUUAUGCUAAGGAUGACAAAACUAAACUGUUAAUAAAUACAAUAAGAAAAUGUCUAGAAAAUGAGUCUUUAAAGAACUUAUUAUCAGAAGACAGUCAAAUGCUGUUAAGUAGAUGCUUAUCGGUGGUGACACCAGGCAUAAGAGUGGUUUGCCGUCUAUACUGGCGAAAAGUUGGGUGGUACAAGACUGACCAGGUGAAAGCUAUGCUGACCGAUGAUACCCAGGUGGAUGACUCAACCUUCCAAGUGAUGCUGGAUUCCUUGAUCACUAAUGGUUUGGUAGUGAGAGGGUCUGUGGAGGAUGGAAACCUGAGUUUUGAUGACCUAGUCGCAAUACUGAAGGCUGAUGAACUAAAGCAGAUAUGCAAAGACUUGAAGCUGAAGAUCCGAUCAAAACAAGGUGCUAUAGGAGCACUGCGGAGCUACUGUCGUAUGUCUUCCAUUGGAAACUAUUUCAUUGGCAGCUCACAGAGCAACACCGACAGAGUGCUAAGAAUAAUGACGCGACAGGCGGGCCCCUGUUUCAAACUAUCAGUCGCUGCACGGAACACUCUUGAAAAGUUGUACUUGCUUAUGUACUUAGGUAUCAACUAUGAAAUCAUUAGAGAGAAGAGACUGGAAGUGACUAUUUUGUAUGACAAAGUUGGAUUAGAGGCCUACCCGAUUGACAAAAACAUGGAGUUAGAUGAUGCCAGUAUUGUCUUUGAUAAUAGGGAACAAUUUGACAGAUACUUUUCCGCUCACCGUAUUUAUGAAGAUUACUUAGAAAAAACAGACUUAAACGAAAAAUGUAAUAUUGUCAAAAAAGUGUACUCUAUGUACAAAGAUAUGUCUGAAGGGGAAAUGUUAUGCUACAAAGCCCUGCCUAUAUGGCUCCGUCGCUACACUCCCGCGCACAUCUACGUUAAAAUCCUAGAAGUCGGCGUUGUGGAACUGAAGAAGCACAAGACAAAAGAGCAGUACACACUGGCCGUAGAUAUCCUCACGUCGCUCAUCAACCAGGUCUGGUUCCGGCAGCACAAGAAGUCGGAUUGGUAUUCUGAGAAAGCAUUGAUAUUGUAUAACCUGGAGUUGUAUGAUGAGGCAGCGAUGGUACUCCUGGAAGGCGUGCACUCGCUGCCCGACGCAGCCGCGCGCACACUGCGCAUGCGCGCGCGCCGCGUGACGUCACGCGCCAGCGCCGUUCUGCGCGCGCGCCUGCUGCUGCUGCACCGAGAGGAGGACGCUCUGCCCGCCAAACAUGUCUACAAACACCCUAUGGACCGCAGCAACCCGCGCGGCAAACUGAUGUUCGAGACGCGGCAGGGGGCGGAGCGCCAGAUACAGGACGCGGAGCACUACUGUAUCUCACACUACUUGCAGGAGGAGGACUUCACGCACGGUUACCACUGGGAGGGCAGCAUAAUAACCACGAUGUUCUUCCUAUUAUUCUGGGACGUGAUCUACAAGAAGCCCCGUGGAGUUCGGGGUAUCUUCCUCACCCCGUACCAGAGGUACCCGCUGGACAUGUUCUGCGAGAGCUUCUACACGAACAGACAGACGGACAUAGAGGAGAGACUGGCGUUUAUAGAGAUGUGUACGACGGAGGAGAUGCUGGACAUCAUGAGCAGGCAGUGGAACAGCAGGUCGCCAGGUGUGUUGUCGGGCGUGCGAUGGCCGCAGCUGUCGGCGGCCGCGCGCUGCGUGUCGCCGCCGCGCGCGGCCGCGCUCAGCCGCCGCCUCGCGACCGACUACCGCUACUCGAGCUGCGGGUUCCCUGACCUCACUCUGUGGAAUAUUCACACAGGGAAGAUAAAAUUCGUGGAAGUGAAGACGGACUCGGAUAAGCCGUCGAUAAAGCAGAUCCAGUGGCUGCAGUUCCUGCGGGAGAUCGGGUUCGAGGCGGAGUUCUGCUGCGUGGGCGCGCGGCGCAAGGAGCCAGGGGGGGCUGCGGCGGAGCCGGGGGGGGCAUCCGCCGUAGCUCCCCCUGGGAUGGGUCUAACCACUUAAAAUUAAGUACAUGUUUGUAAAAUAUUUUAAGAAGUCUAGUGAAAACAACGCAAAUUGUAAACUAACGCAUAUUUUUCUGCAAAAUACAAUGUUUAAUGAGCUGAACUGUGAUUGAAUCAAUGAUUAUGUUAUGUGCAAUCUGAAAACAAAAUAUCACUCUUUUAUAAAUAGAUAGAAUUAUAAUCUUUUAAGAAAAAUUACUAAAACGAAUUUUGACCAGUGCUCAAAAGUAGUUGCGUCAUUGCUCUACGUUACUAUAUUAUUUUAUAUGACUGUUAAUUAAUUACUUUUUUUACUUUAAGUUUACUUCUAAAAUAUGUAGGAAGUACAAAUUUACUGGAACUUUAUUUCUUUAUUUAAUUCGUUGGAUAUUCAUAUUAGAUUUACGCUAAGAGGCUGUAUGUUUGUAUAAUGAGGUUAUGUUAAUCUACAUUGACUGUUGUAUUAAAUAAAUCAUAUAUUUUUAUAA